AUGGUGAUUGAACUGUUUGAUGUUUGGGGCCUUGACUUCAUGGUUCUAUUUGUGAGUUCGAAUGGGGUGAAGUACACACUUGUAGCAGUUGACUAUGUAUCUAAAUGGGUGGAAGCUAUUGCACUUUCAAACAAUGAAGGAAAGAGUGUCACCACAUUCCUGAAAAUAGAAUAUCUUCUCCAGAUUUGCAUAGCAACUCCUUAUAAUCUGCAGUCUAGUGGGCAAGUCGAAAUAUCAAAUAGAGAAAUUAAGCAAAUCCUUAGACUUUGUCGCUUGCCUGUAGAGUUAGAGAAUAAAGCGAUAUGGGCACUCAAAAAGUUGAGUCUAGAUUGGGAUGUUGCAUCAAGUAAAAUGUUGAAUGAGUUGAAUGAGCUUGAUGAGUUUCUCCUAAAAGCAUAUGAAAGUCAAAACUUGUAUAAGGAAAAGAUGAAGAAGUACCAUGAUCAAAAGAUCGAAAAACGUGAAUUUAUUCCCAAUGAUUUGAUACUUCUAUUUAAUUCAAGGUUGUGCUUGUUUCUUGGCAAGGUCAAUUCUAAGUGGACGGAGCCAUUUAGAAUUUUAGAAGUGUUCUCACACAGAGCAGUUGAACUCGAGAAUGAGAAAGGAUCAAGAUUCAAGGUAAAUGGUCAACAGAUCAAAAUCUACUUAAGUCAACCAAAGGAGGUAAAAGAGGUAAUAGAAGAAUAG